AUGGAUCCUUCUCCGAAUAACGAAUUAGUCCAACUUGCCCCUCUCAAACUUCCUCCACGGCCAGGAAGUCUUGGCUCCAAAGCAUCAAGGAUAAAUAUAAGGUCUGCAACUCACAGUUCUUUUACACAAAGGUCCUCAGCCAACUCACAAAGCCUUUCUCCCUCAGCCUGCCUAACGUCGCUCAGCUCUAACUCAAGCGAAGGAUCUUUUGAGCCUUCGUCAAGCCAAGAUGAACAAAUAAUACCUAAAUCCAAGCGUGGGACUGUAAGAAUCCAAAGUUUGAAAUUAAAUAAAAAUUGCAAGACGAAAUCCGACUCUGAAGAUAGGGUUUCUGAUGAAAAUAAUACUGAUAUCUUUGCAGAACCUCUUCCUAAUAGGAUGAAUUCCUGCGAAGUGUUUUAUAAUGCUUCAGAUUUGAGAAAUUCAAUGAAUGGCUUUAGAAGACCAAAAUCACAAAAACUUGCUAUUUCUAAAAGUGGCUCUGAUUUAAAGGAAAUUUCUGGAAAUCGAUUGAGAAGCUCGAUGGGGGUUGUUGUGAAAAUAAGAGAAGCCCACCAUCGCAUGACUAAUUUUCAAAAUGUCAACAUGAUUCGGCCAUCUUUAGACUCAAUAAAGCCGCCUCUUCCUUCUGCAAGCAAGCUGAAAGCAAAAACUCCAGAAUGCCCCUUUAGUAAAAGUUCGGCUGAUUGGUUUUAA